UUGAAGUUGACUAUGCAUGUUACAUUGUACUCCUCAGGAAAAGUUAUUUUGAGGCUUCUUGUUGUUCUUUUAAUGUUUGAUAUUGCUGCAGGAAAAAGUCAUAGGAAAAAUAUAUAUGGAAUAUGCCCAGAAUCUAAGCGUACUAUCAAGGAAGUUUCAAAAUGUCCAAAAAACAAAGAGGAAUGGAAGAGAAGAAAAGACGAAAUGAAUUGUGAUUCAGUUCAGCAAUCUUGUACAAAUGCAGAAAAUUUUGUUUAUCACUGCCUUCCAAAUCACCACUGGAAUAAAACCAUAGAAGUUUGUGCUCCCAGAAAACGUAUUGUUCUGCGAAAAUGUACCGAAUACAACGAGGAAGGAAUGAGGAUUCAAUCUAAUUUUAAACAUUCGUGUUCUAACAGAGAAAACUCUUGUCCUAUGCAUUAUAUGUCGGACAACGCUUACAAAUAUCAGCAAUGUUAUAACACAACAAAUAGAGUUUUCACGAGCACUCAGCAUCCUUUAGAAAGAAUAGAAAGAAACAUUAUGCCCACUGACCGGGUCAAAUGCUGUUCAUCUGCUGAGAGAUUAAAAUCUCUAUGCAUCAGAACAAUACUGAUAAUGACUGUUAUGUCGAAGAUUUACAUGUACCUUUUCCAUUCUAUGGUCACAUGAAAAAUUAUAAUGUUGUUAUAAUGCGAGGAUCCGGUCUAACCUCGAGGGAAUCACUUGUCAGCGUGAUCCCAAUCAUAUGGCAUUCCCUAAAUCACAGGCAAAUAAUGGACAACACAAAAAGAAGAAUUAUGUGUCACUGCAUCUAAUAGUGUGCCGCAGCUGGAAGUUUUUUUAGAUCCAGAUUGUAGUAUAUACAUCUAAGGAUAUCCUAAUUUAGACGAUAAUUUGUGUUUGUAAUUACAUGUAUUUACUUUGGACAUUUUAGACAAAAUUUAACAACUUGUUAUUGACGAAUAAUUUGAU